AUGGAAUACAAACCGUGGUACCCCUCAGACUACGCCCAAGCACUAAACAACAUCCUCACAGAAGACGAAACAACCACCCUCCUAAACCAACCCGGCGCGUCCCCCCGCUUCGUCUACGACCCCCUCAUGCUUCCCACAGUCCUAAAAUAUUUCACCGACAUGCCUCAAACCACUCCCAUCGCCCGCAACAUGACCCAAGCCACGCUCUUCGGCUACCAACUCUACCGCUUCUCCGACCCCGGAAUGCCGGUGAUCGCGCCAUCGCCGGACCCGCAAGCCGCUGUCGAAGGACUGCUCGUAUUCGGGUUGAACGAGCAGCAAAGAAAUGCGAUUUAUGAGCUGGAGGCUGGGUUGAUGAAGUUGGUUAGUGUGCAGGUGGAUAUUCAGCAGCGGGUUCCGGGUGAGAGACACGUGUGUAAUGUGCGGGCUGUGGAAGCGGGGGCUUUUUGUUGGGCGCAUGAGGGGGGUUCGUUGGAGGGGCUGGUUCCUAUUGAGGGGGCGGCGUGGUCGUUGGAUGAGUUUUUGGUAGGUUCGUUCUAUGAGCAUAUUGCACGGUCUCAGUGUAAGGGGAUGGUGGGGGUUGAGGGGGCGUUAUCGCGGUCGUCAGGCAAGCGACGGUCGAAGUUUUAUACAGGGCAGGUUGAGAUGUUGGAAUGCAUAGAAGAGGAUCAUGGCGAAUGGUUGCUCUAA